GAAUCGGGCCGGCCAUAAACGCAUCGCGGGAAGUCAAGAAACACUUAGUUGUGACGUCAUGACAACAGCUAAACAACAUCAUGGAGUACACCGGUAGCAGCUACGAAGGGGACCAUAAAAAUGGACGGAUGGAAGGAAAAGGCAAGUAUGCCUUCCCGACUGACACCAAGUACGAGGGCGAAAUGAAGGACGGAAUGUUCCACGGGCAAGGGACGCUGUUCUUCCCCAACGGCAGCAAGUACGUGGCCAAAUGGGAGAAUGGAAUCGCUGUCGAUGGCAAGUACACCUUCGCUGACGGUCUGGAGUUUGAUGAGCCAGAGUGGUUGUAUUGCGACGGCUACGACAGGCGAUUUUUCACCGAAACCUGUGACGGCCUCAAACCAGCAGGUCGCUCCCAGCUGACCAACCGCAUCCCGCCUCGGGACAUCCCAGAGGGUUGCUAUGACACCGGAGAUGGCUUCUACAACCCGGAUACCAGAGUCAUCGUGGAUUAUAACCACAAGUUUCUCAGGAAUGCAGAUGAUGAUGAGCAUGCAUGGAUCAUCAGAACAUGUCGGAAAGGAUGGGACGAAAUUGUCGGCUACCAACCCAAACCCGAACUGUAAACGGCGCAUCAGUGUAACAAAACUUUAAGCCAGAGUUUGGAUCAGUUUCAUAUCACCUCACUCAUAAAAUAAUCACAGAUUUUGAAUUUCCCAUUUUGAAAAGUGUGAAAUAUUGUAAAUUUUUUAUAAGAAAAUAAUUUGUGAGCGUCCAUGUACAAAGGUUGUAAAUAAAGAAGAAAAAUACAUUUGAAA